GGGAGAGGGAGAGAGGGUGGUGACUAUGAGAUGUGUCUUGGGGAGGACUGGUUUUCAUUGAGCCUGGCACCAAGCCACAGCCCUGGAGAUUUACAGGUCAGGGAGAAACACAUGCGUUGAGCCAAACCCAAUGCACCCCAUCACAUCGCCCUCCAGGGGGUGGAAAACAGGAGAGGAAAGAGAGAGAAAGACAGAGGAGAAAACACACAAACACACACCCAAAGAAGGAGAGUGUCAUGACAGAUCAUAGGAGAGCUUGAAUGCCGUGUCUGUGUGUCUCGUGCUGUGGAGCAGAGGAUCAAAAAGGGCUUGGCCUGGCGUUGGACUGAGAAUGCAAUAAAGACAGAGGAUGGGGGAGUGAUGGACAGAUGGAGAGUACAGGAAGAGUAUAAGAAUAGAUCGAUCAAAUAAAAGAAUGUAAAAAGAACAGAAGGCAGUAAAACAUACUGAGAGGAGGAGCUGGUAUAGGAGAGAGAGAGAGAGAAAGAGAGAGAGAUAAAAAGGUAUUUGCCUGGCUGCCAAAGAAAGAAACCAAAGAUUCUCUAACUACAGAAGAGAAGAAAGAAGAGAGGAGAACAGAAGCCCUGGACUUCUCCUUGCUGUCCUGAUCUGUGGGUGUGUGAUCUCUGCACCAUGCUGGUUCCCAUCAACUUCAUUCUGCUCUUGGCGCUGUCAUGGCACCCUACGGUUGUCACGGGAGGUAGAGCACAGCGGAGACAAAGGCAAGCUGAGGAGUCGUUAAAGCCCUACCAUGGAAGAGUGGAUCCAGAGAAGUUGUGUGAGCUGCUGAAAUGUCACAGUCCAGCAGGAUCCUGGUGUCAGGUGGUGGAAGAGGCAGGGAUUCUCAUCCCAAAGUGUGUGUGUCCUCAGACUUGUCCACGCCAGGGGGUGCCAGUGUGCAGUGUUUUGGGGAAGACGUACGGAAAUGAGUGUCUACUGCAUAAAGAAUCCUGUCGCAAGAGACGUCGCAUUGGUCUCGCUCACCCUGGGACUUGUAUGGUGCCCAAGGCUCAGUGUAAAGAGGAGGAGUUUGGUCAGUUUCCCUACCGGCUGCUGGACUGGUUCUUGCUCUUGAGCCGUAUGGGGGAGAGUUAUGAUCCCAAUGCCCCCUCUCAGAGCUGCCUGAGCCGAACAGCACGCAUCCAGCUCGCCCAGCGGAGGUUUGUCCUCCUGGACCGGAACCAGGAUGGGAAAUUGAGCCGGCGGGAUCUGAAGAAGCUGCAUUAUAAAAGGAUGCCUCUGGAGCAUUGUGCCAAGAGAUUCUUCCAAUCGUGUGACAAGAACAGGAACAAGAAGGUGACCCUGAAGGAGUGGACCUCGUGCCUGGUGAAGGGGUCUGAGCGCUGGUUCCAGCAUUACAUGUCUAUGAAGAUGGGUUCUCGCAAGUUAUGUCCUACAACUGAAAGCAAUCUUUAGUUCAGCUGCAGACAAAAUAAAAACACUCUUAUGGAGGGUUAAAUCAACUCAACUAAGGUCAGUGGUGGUGUGUGAUCCCUGGUGUGUGAACAACCUCUCCAAGCGACAGGGAAUCUGUGCAUCACUCCCCCCUGGUGGUCAAGCUGUUGUAAAACAAACUAAGACAGGCUAAUUAUAUCAUUUGUUUUGCUAAAGUACACCAUACAUUAAUCUGUAUAACAAAAUGGUGUGCAAUAAAAGUCUCUUGUCCACA